GCAACCCUGCUACAUAUAAAUGGAAUAUUCAGAUCUCACGCUAACAGUAGCAGUUUGUGUACAACGAGAGCAGUUGGUUGUGACUGAACCCGAAGCUGAGAUGAAGCACCUGUUGUGUCUACUUGCCAUAUAUUUGGCACUUAGUAGCGCCCGCCCCGUAGACCAGAGCACAGAUAGCGCGAACAUAGUUCCCACUGUCAGUGGUAUUGUCCCACCGGUGGGCACCGUCGUCCCAACAGUGGGCACCGCUACGUUCCCCUUCGCGCCGCCUACGCCUUUCGCGCCGGGACUGACGAACCCGUAUUACAAGUACAACCCUGCUGCGCCGGGACCAGCUGUACCCAUACUCUCAUAUUCCAACGAACACCGCGGCGAUGGUACCUAUUCGUACAGCUUCUCAACUGCUGAUGGCAAGCAAGCGCAAGAAGCUGGAUUUCUGAAAGAUGCCUACAUUGACAACAAUGGCGAACCUCAAGGCACACAGGUCGUACAGGGCAGUUACGCUUAUAUUUCUCCCGAAGGAACCCCGAUACAAGUUUCUUAUGUUGCUGAUGAGAAUGGUUUCCGUCCAUCAGGUGUGCACAUUUCAGCCGAUGGCAAAGCGCUACCUCUGUUACCCGCCAUAGAUGGAAGGAACAUCAGCAUUUUCGACCCUGAAUACAACAGAUACAACCGCUUUGGAGCGUACAAUCGUCCAUUCGACCCUAAGUAUCCCUAUGACCCCAGGUACCCAUACGAUCCACGACGUCCUUACGACGCAAAGUACCCGUUCGACUACAGACGCCCCUAUGACGCGAGAUAUCAAUAUGACCCCAGGCGCCCGUAUGACGCAGGAUACAAUCCAAUUUACAACAGAUACAAUCAGUUCCAACCCACCCUUCUCAACAAUGCCGAUAAAGACGAUUUAAAAAAGGAAUGAGCGGUGAAUGUCAAUUGUUUUUAUGCACUAAAGAGAUUAUGCUUUGUCUCGUAUAUAAAUAUUAUUAAGCAGCAGUAGAAAGUGUAUAAAAAUAAUAAAUCAACUACGAAC